AUGGCCAGCACAUAUGAUAGAAGGAUAUAUCAUGGAGAACCUUUAGAAGGACAACCUCAACAUAUUGAAGCUGAUACACAGGCCCCUCAUAUGAUGGGUGGUGGUGAUGCUGGCAUUGAUUUUAUGGAAAAGAUUUUGCGAGAGAAUGCUGGUUUGGAGGAAGAGGAUGGCCAUGAAGAUGACAGGAUUCCUGGCCUAUUGAAGGAUCUAUACGAUGCUGGAGAUCGUGUUGAUGGACAGAAGUUGAUGUUUGCUGAGGUGUUAGAGGAGGCGAAGCGCGCAACUCAUGAAGGGGGUAAAUUUUCAAGAUUUACCUUCACUGUGAAGUUACUCCACAUCAAGUCUUUCUACCGGAUUAGCAAUGCUGCAUUCAACGCAAUACUCCGCCUUUUGACCUUGCAAUUCCCUGAUAGUUGUGUUCCCAGGUCUUAUGAUGAAGCAUUGAGCAUAAUCUGCAGGUUGGGGCUAGGUUAUGUUUCAAUACAUGUGUGCCCAAAUAACUGUGUCUUGUUUCAGAAGGAUUAUGCCAAUCAUGACAACUGCCCAAAAUGCAAUGCCUCUAGGUGGAAAGAUGCUGAUGGGAAGAAGUCAAUACCAGAGAAGGUACUUAGGCACUUUUCGUUGAUACCAAGGCUGCAAUGGAUGUUUAUCUCAAAGAAAUCAUCGCUGGAGGUACAAUGGCACAAGCUGAAGCGGCAACCUGUGGACAAUGAGCUGAGCCAUCCAGCGGACGGAGAGGCAUGGACAGAAUUUGACAGAAAACAUGGAGAUUUUGAUGCAGAUCCAAGGAACAUAAAACUCGGCAUUGCCACAGAUGGCUUUAAUCCGUUUGGGAACAUGAGCACAUCUUAUAGCAUGUGGCCCAUUUUUGUGGUGCCGUACAACCUGCCACUAUGGGCAUGCAUGGAUCAGUCCAACUUCAUAAUGUCGUUGCUUAUCCCGAGUCCAGAGUAUCCAGGAAAGGAUUUUGAUAUCUUUAUGGAGCCCCUCGUAGAAGAACUGCUCCAGCUCUGGACUGGUGUACUUACAUACGAUGCCUUGACUCCGGAAGAAAAGUUUAAUCUACCUGGUGCAACCAUAUGGUCCAUCCAUGAUUUCCCGGCACUGCACACUCUGUCUGGGAGGAUCACAAUGGGUUAUCAGGCCUGUGUCCAUUGUGACAGAGACCCUUGCUCGAAGAGAAUAAGGAUCAAGAUCUGCUAUAUUGGGCACCACCGCUUUCUCCCCCGAAACCAUCGCUGGCGACGAAGCAAAGAUUUUAAUGGUGAGAGUGAAACCCAUGACAAGCCAGCGGAAUUCACUAAAGAAGAGCUGGAGUAG